ACACGAAGUUUGUUAGUACGCGCCGCGUUUUGGUUGUGUGCUGUCAGUUUGUUUGGUCAGUGAACUGUUUAUCGCAGCCACCUGUCCUGGAUACCUAGUCCUCCCAGGCGAGGAAGAAUGCCGGCAAACAAUAAGUGGCUAUGCAGUGCCCAGGUGCUGGGAUGGAUCAACUCUCAUACUGACAGAGUCAACAAUGAACGUGAGUGUGAGUGCAAGCCACCGUGGGACAAGGGGAAGGGAAGCACGGAGAUGCACAUCAUGGUUGGGGAGGAGAAGGCUGCCGUGGUACCUCUGCUACCCCAGGGAGUGGGCCGAGUGGAGGGCGAGGUCUGCCUACUCACUGACAGUCCAUACCGCAUUCUUAGGGCAGCCGAGAGCGGGAACUUGGAAGACUUCAACCGUCUGUUCUUGGCGGAACCGGCGCGCUUGGGUGUCCGAGACUCCAAGGGGCGGGCUGCUGCACAUCAGGCGGCGGCUCGCGGUAAACUGAACAUUCUGCAGUUCAUCUACAGCCAUGGUGGUGAUCUCAAUAUACAAGACCACACGGGCAACACGCCGCUGCACAUUGCGGUUGAACACAAUUCUCUAGAGGUCGUGGACUACCUUCUGCAAAUGGGCGUAGACACGAGCGUGCUGAACCACAAGAAGCAGGCUGCUCUGCACCUGGCCACGGAGCUCAACAGGGUGUCAGUGCUGGAACGGAUGACCCGAUACAAGGGCAUCAUCGAUACGAAACAAGGAGGGGAACACGGGCGCACGGCCCUCCACAUCGCUGCUAUACUGGACCACGACGAGUGUGCCCGUAUUCUGAUAACUCAGCUGGGUGCAUGCCCUAGAAGGUCCUGCAACAAUGGAUACUACCCAAUACAUGAGGCUGCCAAGAAUGCUUCAUCUCGCACCAUGGAAGUCUUCCUGCAGUGGAGUGAAUCCAUCGGCUGCACGAGGGAAGAGAUGAUCUCUUUCUACGAUGCUGAGGGCAAUGUACCUCUACAUUCAGCAGUACACAGUGGGGACUUUAAGGCAGUGGAAUUAUGCCUCAAGUCCGGAGCCAAGAUCUCGACUCAGCAGCAUGACCUUUCCACCCCUGUCCACUUGGCUUGUGCACAGGGAGCCAUUGACAUUGUAAAACUCAUGUUUGGACUGCAGCCCACAGAGAAGUCUCUCUCCCUAGCUUCUUGCGACAUACAGAAGAUGACUCCCCUACACUGUGCUGCUAUGUUUGACAGGGUGGAGAUUGUUCAUUUCCUCAUUCAAGAGGGAGCCGAUAUUAACCCCUUGGAUAAGGAGAGGCGCUCACCCCUUCUGCUGGCGGCAUCACGAGGUGGUUGGCGUACUGUACUGGCUCUCAUCCGACUGGGUGCGGACAUCCACCUCAAAGACUCAAACCACAGAAAUGUGCUGCACCUGGUUGUCAUGAAUGGUGGCAGACUGGAGGAGUUUGCUCAAGAAGUUAUCAAGGCGCAGUCAACGAGUAGUCUGCAACAGUUGCUGAAUGAGAAGGAUAAUACAGGAUGUUCGCCCCUUCACUAUGCCAGCCGUGAGGGUCACAUCCGCAGUCUAGAGAACCUCAUCAGGCUCGGUGCCUGCAUCAACCUCAAGAACAACAACAACGAGAGCCCUCUGCACUUUGCUGCUAGAUAUGGACGUUUCAACACAGUAAAGCAACUGCUGGAUUCAGAGAAAGGUUCUUUUAUCAUUAACGAAACAGAUGGUGAGGGGUUAACCCCUCUUCACAUUGCUUCACAACAAGGUCAUACUAAAGUGGUCCAACUGUUGCUGAACCGAGGAGCCCUGCUGCACCGAGACCACAAUGGUCGUAACCCCCUCCACUUGGCCGCCAUGAGUGGCUACACCCAAACCAUGGAACUGCUGCAGUCUGUUCACUCUCACCUGCUAGACCAGGUGGACAAGGACGGGAACACUGCUCUCCACCUGGCCACCAUGGAGAACAAGCCCAACUCAAUUGCACUGCUGUUGUCAAUGAACUGUAAGCUCCAAUAUAAUAAUAUUGACCUGAGUGCUAUAGACUACGCUAUCUACUACAAGUUCCCUGAGGCUGCCCUGGCCAUGGUCACCCACGACACCAGAGCCCAAGAGGUCAUGUCUCUAAGAUCGGACAAACACCCUUGUGUCACACUAGCACUGAUUGCAUCCAUGCCACGAGUAUUCGAGUCAGUCCAGGACAAGUGCAUCACCAAGGCAAACUGCAAAAAAGACUCCAAAUCCUUCUAUAUCAAAUACAGCUUCUCUUGUCUGCAAUGCCCUCGCCUGUACGCUCAGAUGGACCAGAAGACAGGGGAAGCCCUCACUAUUUCUAAAGCCAUUCCUCUUCCAGCUUUAAAUAUCAAAUACUCGUUUGACUACUACCAGCCAUCUCCGGCCAAGCUGGCGGUGCAGCGAAAGGCUCUAAACAACGUAAAGUGGAGGCCUGACCCUCUUGAGGUGGUCAAUGCUAUGGUGUCUCAUGGACGGGUGGAGCUUCUGGCUCAUCCUCUGAGCCAGAAAUACCUACAAAUGAAGUGGAAUUCUUAUGGCAAAUACUUCCAUCUGGCUCACCUGCUCUUCUACCUCAUUUUCCUGUGUUUUGUGACUACGUUCUCCUCCCUGCUUACGGACAGUUCCAAGGUUUCUGUGACUACCAACAGCACUAGCAUCACUAUGGAUGAAGAAGGUGAUGAGCUAGUGGGGACCCCUGUGAUGUACACAUGUUCCACUGCCAUCGUAAUGUAUGUGGUGGUGAACAUGGUGAGAGAGGGCUUGCAGCUCUAUCAGCAACGCUGGCAAUAUCUUCUUGAUCCCACCAACUUGGUCAGCUGGAUGCUCUACAUCAGCACAAUCAUCAUGAUUCUCCCUGUCUACCACGGCAAUGUCAAUGAGAUCCAGGUCUCUUGUGCCUCCAUCACCGUCUUUCUCAGCUGGUUCACUCUGCUCCUGAACCUGCAAAGGUUUGACAUGGUUGGAAUAUAUGUGGUGAUGUUCUUGGAAAUUCUGCAGACCCUAAUAAAGGUGCUUGUGGUGUUCUCCAUACUUAUCAUAGCAUUUGGUUUGGCAUUUUACAUCCUUCUUUCCAGGGGUGAACACCUUUCUUUCAAAACUGUUCCAAUGUCACUGGUCAGGACAUUCUCAAUGAUGUUGGGUGAGAUUGACUUCCUAGGAACUUAUGUCCAGCCGUACUACUUGAGAGAUGAAGAGGGGCGCACUCUACCAUUCCCUAUCCCAGCAUUCUUGAUACUUGCUCUCUUCAUGGUUUUCAUGCCUAUUCUACUGAUGAACCUCCUCAUCGGUUUGGCUGUCGGAGAUAUUGAGUCUGUCAGAAGAAAUGCUCAACUGAAAAGACUUGCUAUGCAGGUGGUUCUCCACACGGAGCUGGAGCGCAAGCUACCACAGGUGCUACUGGAGAAGGUGGACAAGAUGGAACUCAUCGAGUACCCCAAUGACAAGUGCAAGUUGGGUUUUCUUGAUCAGAUGUUGCGAAAGUGGCUUUGCAACCCCUUCUCUGAUGAUGGUCUUGAAAUGGUAUUGGAAAACAAUGAGGAUUACGUAACUACAGAAAUGGACAAAAUGAAAUCGAAACUGAGAAAUAUUUCUAAGGCUCUGGAUACACAGCAACAGCUCCUAAGACUUAUCGUUCAGAAAAUGGAGAUAAAGACAGAAGCAGAUGAGAUGGAUGAAGGAGUGUCACCGAAGGAGCUACAGCCGAUGCCAGGGGUUGGCUGCAAGUGGACAAGUCCCCGUGUGCGCAACAAGCUGCGGACAGCUCUUAGCUUCUCGAAGGCACACCCGCCCAAGUAGGCACUAGCCUUGGGUUAAUUACAACUGCAACUCAUGUUCUUAUUAAUUGUACCCUGAAUUCAAAAUUAUAUCUUAUAGAAAAUAUAUAUUUUAAAAUAAAUAUAUUUUGGUAAUCUUUAAAGAAAUUAAUAUUCUCAUGAGAGCAAUUGUUAAUUAAAACUGAAUCAGAAACUGCCUGUGAUUUUGAAAAUUAGAGUAGUACUUGUAGCUUUGUGAACUUGUUGAAUGGGUGAUGAGCAAUGGUUGUUCAAUCAUCAGAUCCUUGGUAUGACAGAAGAAUGGAUGGUAAGCACAAUGCUGUAGCACUUUAACCAGCAAUACCUCUUACAGUUUCAUAGAUUUUUUUAUUACCAAUUUCAAAUUAAUGGAACCUUGUAAUAAUUUACAAAAAAUACAUAUUUUUGUUUGUAAGUGUUCUAUAUAUAUAUAUCAAAAUUUUUUUAAAUAUUUAUCAAAAUUUUUAAAAAUAUUUAUCAAAAUUUAAAAUAUUUAUCCAAUUUUUGAAACAGAAUAUUGUAAAGGGAGAUUAAUAAGAAAUGAAAGUAUUACAGAAUGUUUAAAUGCAAUUAAUGUAACUUGUUACAGCAUUCUAACACAAUACACUAAAAGGUCCUUAAUAAAAUUGAGACAUGUUUAGUUUUAAAAUUAUACUAGAAGUUCCUUAUACAGGGUGGCGCAAAAGUCACUGGACAGUUAGUUGGUUAAAAGAAGAAAAAAAUAACAGCAAGA